CGUCGCUCGCCCAGCUCGCCUGUCGUUGCUUCGUCAAUCUGUCAACUUCGUCUCGUCUCUGUGCAGUUCGUGCGAUGUGCUUGAGUGAACUUUCUUUGCGACGGAUUGAUUUGCCAAAGUUACCAAAAACACCGAAUAAUACUUUUAGCGACUAAUCCGCAUAUGUCGGCUUCGUGUUAAAACGUUAAAAUUCACCGAAAAAAACAACAAAAACGUUUUGAUCUGCGUAAUGUUGACUGUUUGUAAGAAACUCGGGUGUUCAACCUGAUAAUGAAAUACAACGAAAUGAACAUCUCGGAGGCGUGCAGCGGACACAUCGAGAGCCUACACAUAUCCGAGGCUUCACAAGCCAGCAGUUGGCGUUACGAUGGCCCUGUGUGGAAUCUGCACUGCGAAACAGAGUGCCCGGACACCGCACCUUUUGACGUCCUCAAGGUGGACACGGAGGACUUUGCGACUCAGCUGACGCUGCUGGAUCGGGAUGUUUUCCGGAAGAUCAGGCCAGAGGAACUCACCAGCUGUGGUUGGAACAAAAGGAACAAGAUGGCCAUUGCCCCUAAUGUGGUUGCCUUCACCUGCAGGUUUAACCAUGUCAGCCUGUGGGUGGUGCGGGAGGUGCUGCGAGGGCGCACGACAAGGCACCGGGCAGAGCUGGUGUCGCACUUUGUGCGCCUGGGCAAGCGACUCCAGGAGCUGGGCAACCUGCACGGCGCUUGCGCUGUCCUCUCGGCACUCCAGUCUGCACCGGUUUUCCGGCUGGGCAAGACCUGGGCUCAGGUGGGGCGUCGGGAGCGGCAGUCCCUGGCCCGCCUGGCGCGCCUCUUCUCGGAGCAGGACAACUUCGGGGCCCUGCGGCGCCGCCUGGAGGCGGCCCUGUCGGUGGGCACCCCAUGCCUUCCCCACUUGGGGCUCUACCUGCGGGACCUGCUCCACCUGGAGCUCGCCAGACCCCCCAGGGGUGCGGGCCCGGACUGGGAGCAGCGAUUGGGAGCGACCUUGGAGGCCCUGGGGUCCCUGCAGCGGUCCUGCCUGCGGCUGGCGCUGACCCCCCUGCCCCCCCUGCAGGCGCAGCUGGCCAGGCCGUUCUACCUGGAGGAGCUGCAGAAGUUCCUCGAGGAAGACCACUACAGAGAGUCCCUGCGACUGGAGCCACCGGGACGUCAGGCCAGCCUGACCCUCCUUCCGGUUCCCGAGCCUGGAGCUUCGGCGGCCGGCCUGAGCCUACCGUGGCCCCAGCCCCGCUUCACCCCCGGACACCGCAAGGCACGCAGCCUGGGCACCAACGUCUUCACAAGCGGACCCCUGCUGGCAUCCAACGGGCAGGCGGCGGCACCGUCUGCGGAGCAUCGGACCAGGCUGCUCAUCGACGACAGCGUGCCGGAGCACCCGCCCACCUUGGCGGUCGGCCCCCACGGGGACGCCCCGUUCCAGACCAUCGGGUGGUCCGGGGUGGGCCAGGUUCGCUCCCUGGAGCUCUGGGAGCCUCCCGGAGGGACCCCACUGGGGUCGGGUUGGGAAGAGGACUGUGGGCAGCCGGUGGUGUGCCAGGGCUGCCUGAGGCGCAAGACCGUGCUCAAGGAGGGCAGGCGGCCCGCCGUUUCGUCUUGGCUCCGCUACUGGGUCGAGCUCAGGGGCACCAGCCUCAUGUUCUACUCACCAAAGUCCCUCAGGGCCAAGGAGCGCUCGGACUUCAAGCGCCAGCCCUGCAAGCAGAGCAGCGUGGCUGGCUGGCUGGUGGUGCCAUGCGCCGAAGACGCGGACUCCUUCCAACUGCUCGAUCCUGCCAGGGGAAGCCGCUACAAGUUCCGUCCAGGCAGCGGGGGCUGCUCCGCCCACGACUGGUGUUCCUACCUCAGGGUGUCGGCUGCCAGACUGCCCAACGCGAUAUGAACGGGGCUUUGCAAGCCGUUUCAAAUGUCGACGCAUCCAUUCACCUGUCGCACUCAACGAAGCUUCUAGUGCAUACCCAGUGCAACGAUGCCAACCUGCGACUCGUCCGUGAAGCUUGCCCCAUUACGACGAUUGCACCAAUAACACUGCGUCGGAAGCCAGACAAACUGCCGAGUGUUGUGCCACCUAUUUAUUUGUUCUUUAUCCGUUUGUGCUGGACAGUGUCUCGUAAAAAGAUAAUGCUCCUACUUUUGAAAAAAAAAAAAAAUAAUAAAGUAACUUAUUAAGAUUCUGUCGUGGGGUGUUAAGUGAAGCGAGCAUACCCCUAGCUGCAAAUAUGGGCACGGACUGUGGCGUUUUCUGAUCCAUUCACUAGCUUAAAAAUCGAAAUGGCUGAAUGUGUUUGUACAGGGAAAUGCAAAGGCACUUUUUCCUCUUUGAUACGAUUAUAGGUGACCCAACUAUUCACGACGUAAUACCACGAAUUACUUUUUUUACCAGUGAAAUAUUUUAUGAAUUUGAUUGCUGCUGGAACCAAGUUUUACAAAAGCAAAAGGACUGAAAGUUGUUUUUAUCUCAAAGAUACCGCGAUUUGUCAGAUUUACUCCGUAGCAGCUGCUCGAGCAUCUACAGCAGGAUGCCAAUCGGGAACAUGUCCCAAUCCCAUUGUAAACAGAACAAGUUUAGGUUGUCCGAAAUGACGAGGUUCUGUCUAAAAUGGGCCGUAAAAAUUGCCACCUUCAUGUAGCAGUCUAAAUUUUUUAUCAAAGGCGUAUAUUUCAGAUGUGGGUUUUACCUUGUAAAAUUACAGGACCCUUCCUGUAAAAAAAAAAAAUAGGUCAAAACACUUGCCACGGUCCACGGCAAUGCAGUUGACAGAGCCGAGUGGUGGGCUGCGUUUAGCGUACUUAUUGGUAGAUGGCGCCACCUCCUUGUCCCAGCUUGCUUUUAAAAAUAUAUUGAGACUGCCCGCAAUGACCGUGGUCUAUUAAAAUGAACGUAAUCUUUUUGUAAUGCAGACAUUGAUAGCAAAAUUUGAAGUAACAAAAAUAAAACAUAGUUGCAUAAUGACGGUGCUCUUGCA